CCAGGUGCCUCUCCCCUUUGCUUUCCAGCAGUGGAAUCAAGACUUUACCAUUCUGCACUCAUGAGUCCCUUCUUUGUGAUGUCUCUCCUCUUUGGCCUGACUUUUGGUCAAACAGCAUCACUUUGUGCUCCUUCAGAGUACACAAUCCACGUGGAGAAAAGGGAAUGUGCCUACUGCCUGGCCAUCAACACCACCAUCUGCGCUGGAUUUUGCAUGACUCGGGACAGCAAUGGCAAGAAGCUGCUACUCAAAAGUGCUCUGUCCCAAAACGUGUGCACAUACAAAGAGAUGUUGUAUCAAACAGCACUGAUUCCGGGCUGUCCUCAUCACACCAUCCCUUACUAUUCCUACCCUGUGGCCGUAAGCUGCAAGUGUGGUAAAUGUAAUACUGAUUAUAGUGACUGUGUUCAUGAGAGGGUUAGGCCAAACUAUUGCACUAAACCACAGAAGCUCUGUAACAUGUAAGCUUCCAACAGAACGUGGUAGAAAUGUAACUUUCUGCUCACA